GGGGUUUUGUUCCCCUGCAUGUCACUCAGGGCAAUGCUUGGUGCUUGGGCACUCAGUACCUAUUGGAGGAAUGAUUGUUUUAAUACACGAAUUAGAGAUCAGUUCCGGAGAAUGUGUAAUGAAAAUACUAAAAAUUUCAGACAUCAUUGUUUCAGUUAUUUCUAUAACUUUUAAACCAUCUUCCAUGAAUUUCAGCCUGAAGACAUACUACAGAUGCGUUUGGUCAACCUCUUUGUUUUUAUUGCUAUUAUUUAGAACUCAGCCUACACUGAGUUACAGUUAAAACCUCUUUUUAUUUAUUUAUUUAUUUAUUUAUUUAUUUAUGUUUAUUUUUGGGAAAGAGAGUGUGCAAGUGGGGGAGGGGCAGAGAAAGAAGGAGACAAAGAAUCUGAAGCAGGCUCCAGGCUCUGAGCUAUCCGCCCAGAGCCAGCGCGGGGCUCGAACCCAUGACCUGUGAGGUCAUGGCCUGAGCCAAAGUUGGACGCUUAACUGACUGAGCCACCCAGGCACCCCUAAAACCUCAUUUUUCGCUUUUUAAGCAAAGUUUUUAAAGCACUGCUAAGUGGUACUAUUGUGAUAUGGGUAGGGCCUUGCUUUUUCAUGUUUUGAGUGCUGGUGUUGAGUUUAGGUUGGAAAGAUUUCAAGCCUGUGAGCUAUACUGAGUGCAUACCUUGGGCAUCUUGUCUUCUGGUCUUUGUGUUCGGUUCCAGGCCUCAAGUGCCCCAACCUCCUCCUAAAAUGUGAAGGUCUUAUCACACCUCCUUUCUUUACUGUGCCCCAGGUGUCUUACCUACCUUGCAACAUUUUUUUUUUAAUUUUUUUUUAAACAUUUAUUUAUUUUUGAGACAGAGAGAGACAGAACAUGAACGGGGGAGGGUCAGAGAGAGGGAGACACAGAAUCCGAAACAGGCUCCAGGCUCUGAGCUGUCAGCACAGAACCCGACGCGGGGCUCGAACUCACGGACCGCGAGAUCAUGACCUGAGCCGAAGUCGGCCGCUUAACGGACUGAGCCACCCAGGCGCCCCCUACCUUGCAACAUUUUACAUUGCGUUGUGCAGUUUGCACUCAUUUAGAUCAUUGUCUUUUGUUCUCUCUUGUUUUAUCACUUCCAGGUGUUUCCCCCACUAUUGGAAGAAGGGUGCUAGCAAUGAACCAUGUCAGUGGGAAGGGAAGCAUUUAAACUUUAUUUCCUAUGUUUUUUAUAGUUGGGGAACUGUGAGUAUUUUUAUUAGCAUUAAUAUUUGCUUCCAAAGAACAGUGAACUUGCCUGAAGUUUGUAAAUUUUAAUCAUAAUAAUGGGAUAUUCACAAUUGUUUGUUUGUUUUUUAAGUUUAUUUAUUUAUUUUGAGGCAGAGAGAGAGAGUGGAGAGGGUCAGAGAGAGAGAGAAUCCCGAGCAGGCUCAGUGCUGUCAGUGCAGAACGGGACGCGGGGCUCAGUCUCACCAUGAGAUCAUGACCUGAGCCUAAAUCAAGAGUCAGACACUUAACCGACUGAGUCACCCAGGCACCCUACAGUUGUUCUUUUUUCUAAGAUAUAGUUUGCUUUGUACCAUGGUGCCAUUUUAGAAGGGGAAAUUUGUUUUUAAAAAAAGUUCCAUUACAAUAUUGUCAUUGACACUUAGUUUUCAAGAUGCGUGAAAACAAAUGUUCACUUAGGGCAGGUUUGUUAGAGGACAUCUUGUCCCGCCUCUACCUUUCUGCUGGUGUCUCCUCUCCAACACACGUCAUUGAGAAUUAACUGCAUUCUAUUUCAAAUGCUCUCUGACAAGGUGCUCCCACCUCAACAGGGGCUCACCAUGGCAACAAGGUAGUCGUUUCCAUUUUUGGAGUAUGAAAGCAGUGCCUUCUUAAAUCUAAUGAUAAGUGAUAGUCCCAGGAAACUAGUGUUUUGAAUAAAUUUGCCUAUUUGCUUUCUUCAAAAAUCACAUCGUUCAAUUAGGUUUCUUACAUUGUUUGGAAUGGGGAAACACCAAGGAGCUAGUUUAAUUGUGAUCGUUUAUUAUUCUCAAAUACUUAGCAACUGAGGUUGCUCAGUGUGUCUUGAUAAGUUAGGUACUUGACCAGAUUCACAGCUAGUGAGAAAGGGAGUGGGAUUGCCAGCCCAGGCCGCAUGGCUUCACACCUGCUGCUUGAAACCAUGUCUCUUUCCUCCUGGAGCCUUGUUUCUGUCUUGUGAGUCCAGCCUGCUCUGAGUGUCUGAUCCUUUAUAAAGGUGCUUUAUAAGGUGCGAGGCCCCAGGCAAACAGGGCUGGGGUGAACAGAAUAAAGGGCAGUGAGCGUGAUGCUGUGGGAAUGGCUGUGGUUCGGAAACACCAUGGGAUUCCUACAGUGAGCUGUCCUUUCCUGGGGUUUUAAAAUUACACAGUCUCAAAUGUAAACCUUCUUAGAAAGGCUACCGGUGACCCACAAACUAUGGGAGCCACCAGAGGUUAAGGUGGAAACACUUCCAGUGUUCUUGGAAACAGUACAGUAGGAAACUGAUCACAGCAUCACAGUGUUUCACACAGCAUUUGUUAGGAAAUUCCUUUCUUUCUGUGGUCAGUUUGUAAGUUUCAUCCCUGUAAAUACUAUUAGGUGUAAUUGGAUAGAUUAAACUAAACAGUAAUGGGUAGUAAGUUUAUUCAGUGUAACAUCUGGGUGGGGAGAGGUUGAGGAUUAAAUAUUCAGAAAUUUGAUUGUGGUUUGAUAGUGAUUGUGUUUUGUUUCAUGAUAAAACAGUGAACCUGAAAUUACCUUUACAUAUAUAAUCUCAUUUCACUUAUAAGAUCAUGCAAUUUUAGGAGUAAAUAGCCAACCCCCUUUAUUUUCCAGGUGAAGGGACUGAGGCUCAAAGAAGCUGUGUAAUUUGCCUAAGAUCACACAGCAUACGGCUGAUGAUGCUUGCAGACUGAGUCCUUUUGGCCUCAUCUCACUGAGUUUGCUCCUGUGUCUGUGUGUAUUAUUACUGUUUUUUAGUCCUAGUCCUCACUAUUAAACUCACAGAGUCACUUAGUGUUGUAGCAGUAUUUGAUGUAUGUGUUGUUAUUAAAUCUGAACACAGUGGUAUAUUUUGGGGGCAGUGGGAGUGUCUUAGAGGAACUCAACACAUAGUAAACAUUUGCUUACUCUCAACCAUCGCUGUUAAUACUGUAAGAGUUGACCCUGUCAUCACUGUCCUCCUCAUCGACCCCUUCUAGAGGUUAGAAGGCCUGAGUUUCUCAGAGCUUAUGCAGACUAUUUAAGUGGUAGAUCUAGGUUUCAAAUCCAGACUUUCAAGCACUGUCUGUUUUGUAGCAAGGAAAAUGAAGUUUCAACUUUCCUGCCAACUCACAACCAACUGAUUGUCGUUGACUGGAGUGCUGAAUGCAGGAUCCAGAAACACCCUCUGGGCUCAGUGGGAAAGGUGCAGCGUUUGGUGAGGUCUGCCAUGGCCUUGGAUUGGGGUCAGAGAUGGUGCGUGUGACAUACGUGUUGCCAGAUGUACUGUUUCUCCUAAUGUAACAAUGUGAUUCUUGGUUUCACAGGGUAGAAAACUCAAUUUUAAGCAUACAUGGGAAGACGGAGGUAGGGUUUGUGGCCAGGCUCUGGAAAACCAACUCCUCAUAAUCAUAUUUGCAGAAGACUUUUUGUUUGUUUAUUUGUUUUGUUUUUAAUGUUUAUUUAUUUUUGAGAGAGACAGAGUGUGAGCGGGGGAGGAACAGAGAGAGAGGGAGACACAGAAUCCGAAGCAGGCUCCAGGCUCUGAGCUGUCAGCCCAGAGCCCGACGUGGGGCUCGAACUCACGAACCGCGAGACUGUGACCUGAGCUGAAGUCGGAUGCUUAACCGACUGAGCCACCCAGGUGCCCCAAAGAAGUAUGUUUCUUAAACAAUGAUACAAACCAGUCAGAUCUCUCUCCAGGCUGGAUUGGUAGGACUAUGACAAUUAAUAUUGUCUUCCAGGUUCUCUAGCUUCAAGAGCUAUAAAAAUGGAAAUGUGUGAUUCUUGCCUUAGAUGACUUACCUGCCAUGUGAAAUAAUAUAUAAAGCAGGAUCUACACUCUACAAUUAUGAGUGAGAUUAUGUGUCAUUAUGAAAGAUAACAGUCACAUUUGAUAAUCAGGCUUAUAUUUCUUUUGGAAUAUUCUUUCAGUGGGUGAGAUGAGACUGAAAAGCUCCCAAUGUGAAAGCAUAGCAUUUGUGAAAAACAUUCUAUUUUUAUGAAUUCUUAAGUAAUCUUAAGUACAAUGGAAAUGACUGGGAUUGCAAGGACCAUAAAACUGAAUAGCUCAUGUAACUCUUGAGUGCAAUUUUAAACCUUUAUUUUCCCAACACAAACAAUCUCUGCUGUAGCUUUUGGGAAGUGGUAUUUAUAUAAAUUAUGAAUUUAUUUCUUUCCAUCCAUAGAACAUUUAUUAACCUUCUGUAAUAUGUGAGCUAAUGGUUAUAUAAGUAUUUGACUUUAAAAGUAAAUUAUCACUCUUUUGUUUCAUAGAUGUUUUUAAUGAAUUGGAAAUCAUCAUGAUUUUUUGUUAUUUAUUUGUUAUUUUGUUAUUUAUUUAUUAAGAGUACUUGCAUACACACUCUAAAGUUUUUGUUUUUUGUAUUUGGAUUAUAACUUUCUGCUUCUAUCAAAUCAUCUUCUCAUCAGAAUUAUACCUUGCCCUGUUAAGUUUUCACUGUUGGUGAAAAAAUACUCUAUUGAAAAGACUCUACUUGUAACAUAGAUCAUAUAGCCAGCUCCAAAUUUCUUUUUAAAAAAAGGUAUUAAAAACAUUAAGGAUUGUUUUACAUUUGGGAAUUAUGUUUCUAAAUAUCUACUUAUCUACUGUAGCACUGAAAAGUCACAUGAGAACUUAAUUUCAUAGGUGAACCACAAAUGGCAUUAAAAAAUUUUGUGUUUUUCUUGUUACCUUGGGCCUAUAGAUUUAAUGAGUUUAAAUUAUUCCUUUGGCUUCUACCCGGGUGGGUAACCUAAUUCUAAUACCAUGGUGAAUGGUUACUCUGACUACCAUGUUGCUAAGAAACCUGUUAUGUUAUCAGGUUGCCUUGGUGAAGCAAUGGCUUCUCAGGCUUCCUUAGCACUGCUGGGAGGUGGUUAAUCAGAGCUACGAGGGACCUUCAUAGAAUUUGUUUCCCAGGUUAUAACUAAUUUUUCAUCAGGAGGAGAAACAAACCUGGGUCUGUAAAAGUUGACAUAAAAGAAAGUCCAAGUUACUUUAAAUUAAAUCAUGACCUCUAGUCAUUUUUUUCAAAAAGUUGUGAUCCAAGAUACAAAGCUAUUCAUACUAGUAUGAGGUUGGAACCAUUUGUGUAUUGAAUGGACCUGCUGAAGUUCCCAUGAUGUCACCUAAUGGAUCCAUUCCCCCCAUCCAUGUGCCUCCAGGUUACAUCUCACAGGUGAUUGAAGACAAUACUGGAGUCCGCCGGGUGGUGGUCACACCCCAGUCUCCUGAGUGUUACCCCCCAAGCUACCCCUCGGCCAUGUCUCCAACCCAUCACCUACCCCCCUACCUGACUCACCACCCCCAUUUUAUUCAUAACUCACACACGGCUUACUACCCACCUGUUACCGGACCUGGAGAUAUGCCGCCUCAGUUUUUCCCUCAGCAUCAUAUUCCCCCUACAAUAUACGGUGAGCAAGAAAUUAUACCACUCUAUGGAAUGUCAAGCUACAUCACCCGGGAAGACCAGUACAGCAAGCCUCCACACAAAAAACUGAAAGACCGCCAGAUUGACCGCCAGAACCGCCUCAACAGUCCUCCUUCUUCUAUCUACAAAAGCAACUGCACAACUGUGUACAACGGCUACGGGAAGGGCCACAGCGCCGGGGGUGGUGGAGGCAGUGGAGGCGGCAGUGGUGGUGGGCCAGGAAUCAAGAAGACAGAGCGGCGAGCAAGAAGCAGUCCAAAGUCAAACGAUGCAGAUUUGCAAGAGUAUGAGUUGGAAGUAAAGAGGGUGCAAGACAUUCUUUCAGGAAUAGAGAAACCACAGGUUUCUAAUAUUCAGGCAAGAGCAGUCGUUUUGUCCUGGGCUCCCCCUGUUGGACUUUCCAGUGGACCCCACAGCGGUCUGUCUUUCCCCUACAGUUAUGAGGUUGCCUUAUCAGACAAAGGACGAGAUGGAAAGUACAAGAUAAUUUACAGUGGGGAAGAAUUAGAAUGUAACCUGAAAGAUCUCAGACCGGCAACUGAUUAUCAUGUGAGGGUAUACGCCAUGUACAAUUCCGUAAAGGGAUCCUGCUCCGAGCCAGUUAGCUUCACCACCCACAGCUGCGCACCUGAAUGUCCCUUCCCACCUAAGCUGGCACACAGGAGCAAAAGUUCACUAACCUUGCAAUGGAAGGCACCAAUUGACAAUGGUUCAAAAAUCACCAACUACCUUUUAGAAUGGGAUGAGGGAAAAAGAAACAGCGGUUUCAGACAGUGCUUCUUUGGAAGUCAGAAGCACUGCAAGUUGACAAAGCUUUGUCCGGCCAUGGGGUACACGUUCAGGCUGGCUGCUCGGAAUGACAUUGGCACCAGUGGUUAUAGCCAAGAGGUGGUAUGUUACACGUUAGGAAACAUCCCUCAGAUGCCCUCUGCACCAAGACUUGUUCGAGCUGGAGUCACAUGGGUCACGUUGCAGUGGAAUAAACCAGAAGGUUGUUCACCUGAGGAAGUGGUCACCUACACCUUGGAAAUCCAGGAGGAUGAAAACGAUAACCUUUUCCACCCAAAAUACACUGGAGAGGAUUUAACCUGUACUGUGAAAAAUCUCAAAAGAAGCACACAGUAUAAAUUCAGGCUGACUGCUUCUAAUGUGGAAGGGAAGAGUUGUCCAAGUGAAGUGCUGGUGUGUACGACGAGUCCUGACAGGCCCGGACCCCCCACAAGACCCCUCAUCAAAGGACCAGUUACAUCUCAUGGCUUUAGUGUCAAAUGGGAUCCUCCCAAGGAUAAUGGUGGUUCAGAAAUACUCAAGUACUUGCUGGAGAUUACUGAUGGAAAUUCUGAAGCGAGCCAGUGGGAGGUGGCAUACAGCGGAUCGGCUACAGAAUACACUUUCACCCACUUGAAACCAGGCACUUUGUACAAACUCCGAGCAUGCUGUAUCAGCACCGGUGGACACAGUCAGUGCUCUGAAAGUCUCCCUGCUCGCACACUAAGCAUUGCACCAGGUCAGUGUCGACCACCGAGGGUUUUGGGUAGACCAAAGCACAAAGAAGUCCACUUAGAGUGGGACGUUCCUGCCUCAGAAAGUGGCUGUGAGGUCUCGGAGUACAGUGUGGAGAUGACGGAACCCGAGGAUGUGGCUUCGGAGGUGUACCAUGGGCCAGAGCUCGAGUGCACCGUGGGCAACCUGCUCCCCGGAACUGUGUAUCGUUUCCGGGUGAGGGCUCUGAAUGACGGAGGGUAUGGCCCCUAUUCUGAUGUCUCAGAAAUUACCACUGCUGCAGGGCCUCCUGGACAGUGCAAAGCACCUUGUAUUUCUUUUACGCCUGAUGGAUGUGUCCUAGUGAGUUGGGAGAGUCCAGAAAGCUCUGGUGCCGACAUCUCAGAGUACAGGUUGGAAUGGGGAGAAGAUGAAGAAUCCUUAGAACUCAUUUAUCACGGGACAGAUACCGGCUUUGAGAUAAGGGACCUGUUGCCCGCUGCACAAUAUUGCUGUAGACUACAGGCUGUCAAUCAAGCUGGAGCAGGACCGUAUAGUGAGCUUGUCCUUUGCCAGACACCAGCAUCUGCCCCUGACCCUGUCUCCACUCUCUGUGUUCUGGAGGAGGAGACCCUCAAUGCCUACCCUGAUUCACCUUUUGUGUGCCUUGUACUGAACUGGGAAGAGCCGUGCAAUAAUGGAUCUGAAAUCCUCGCUUACAAUAUUGACCUUGGAGACACUAGCAUCACCGUGGGCAAUACCACCACCCAUGUUAUAAAAGACCUCCUUCCAGAAACCACCUAUCGGAUCAGAAUUCAGGCCAUCAAUGAAAUUGGAGCUGGACCGUUUAGUCAGUUCAUUAGGGCAAAAACUCGGCCAUUGCCACCCUUGCCUCCGAGGCUCGAAUGUGCUGCCGCGGGGCCCCAGAGCCUGAAGCUGAAGUGGGGAGACAGCAACGCCAAGACCCACACAGCCGCUGACAUGGUGUACACACUGCAGUUGGAAGACAGAAACAAGAGGUUUAUUUCCAUCUACAGAGGACCCAGCCACACCUAUAAGGUCCAGAGACUGACGGAAUUCACGUGCUACUCCUUCAGAAUCCAGGCGGCGAGCGAGGCUGGGGAAGGGCCCUUCUCAGAAACCUACACUUUCAGCACAACCAAGAGCGUCCCCCCCACCAUCAAAGCACCUCGAGUCACACAGUUGGAAGGAAAUUCAUGUGAAAUUUUAUGGGAGACGGUACCACCAAUGAAAGGUGACCCUGUCAACUACAUUCUGCAGGUAUUGGUUGGAAGAGAAUCUGAGUACAAACAGGUAUACAAGGGAGAAGAAGCAACAUUCCAGAUCUCAGGCCUCCAGACCAACACAGACUACAGGUUCCGCGUGUGCGUGUGCCGUCGCUGUGUAGACACCUCUCAGGAGCUAAGCGGAGCUUUCAGCCCCUCUGCGGCUUUUGUAUUACAGCGAAGCGAGGUCAUGCUCACAGGGGACACGGGGAGCAUAGAUGAUCCCAGAAUGAAGAGCAUGAUGCCUACUGACGAACAGUUUGCAGCCCUCAUUGUGGUUGGCUUUGCAACUUUGUCCAUUUUGUUUGCCUUUAUAUUACAGUACUUCUUAAUGAAGUAAACAAACCCAACAAAACUAGAGGUAUGAAUUUAAUUAAUGCUACACAUUUUAAUACACACAUUUAUUCAGAUACUCCCCUUUUUAAGCCCUUCUGUUCUUUGAUUUAUAUACUUCUCUUGUUUUACAGAUUUAGCUAGGAAAAAAAAAUAUCAGUGUUUUGGUGCACCUUUUUGAAAUGCAAAACUAGGAAGAGACUAAACUGGAUUUUUUUUUUUUUUUUUAAAGAAAAGCAAACCAGAUACCAAAAGCUAGCUUUCAUAUGUUUUCUUUUAUCUUCAGAUUUACCUUUAUUCUGUUUUCACUGAUGUCUUUUGCAAGCCUUUGGUUGUUUGUUUUUUUUUCUUCCAUGUUACAGUUUAGUAAUUUAUAUUCACCAGUCACUUCUUUUGUCUUGAUCAUCGAUAUCUGUGAACAUGAAUCACAGUGUGUGUAGUUACAGGUCUAGGAUUCCAGUGUUGUCAGAGUAUUAGCACACAACUACAACGGCAACAACAACGUACAGAAGAUGUGUUCGCUCAGAUAAGGCUGCCCUAAACAACCAUUUUGUCACUCAGUUGUUUAACUGUGUUUAGCUCAUUUGAAUCAAAAUGUGUACUUUAAUCUAAAAUGUUUUAAUAAUCUGUAUUUCUUCUGAUUUUAACACUAUGAGCUGCCUGUCUAAGAAAUCAAGUAACCAAAAUGCACCUAUAAAUUAUGGAGCAUUGUAGAUUUUUACCCCAUCGAUUCAUAGCAGUAAUUUUAAGAGGGCAUUGUGCAAUAGUUAGUUGUUUCCUUGUUCAGCUGUUUUAAAAGCUGCUUUAACUUGUUUGUUUGUCUUUGUGUAGAACUACUUCUAAUCUAAUCACUAGAGUUAUUAUAUUCUGUUAUGUUUGACCAGAGUUAUAUGGCGAGAACUGGUGACUGUUUAGUGCCUCUGCCCAUUGUCCAUGAUUCAUACUAAUUGUGAGCAGUCUUCUUACAGCUUGUUGUUUUGGAAAGAUUUGCCUUUAGGCUGUUCUUUGAGGUAUCAAUGAAGUGAUCGAAUUUCAAUACACAUCAUAUUAAUCUAACAGCAGAUGAAAACUGGUAAAACCCAAACGAGAGUCAUCUAAAUUUGUAGUUCCUAUUUUUGUGGGUUUGACCUGGCCAUGUGUGGAGAGGGAAUGAUAUUUGGUGGUGAGCACAGGGUGUUUGGGGGUGAAGGAGCCUAGAUUCUCUCCCUGGAUCUGUCACUAACUUGCUGCGUGACCUGAACACGUCACUUUACCUCUCUGUGCCUCAGUUUCCCGUGCAUUAAAAAUAAAAUGAAAUAAAAUGAAAUGGGGAUUCUAAUGUUUGUAAGUGCUUUGAGAUCCUUGAUCAACAGGUGCUAUUGGAGUGCAAAGUGUUACUCUUGCAUGUUUAUUCUGAGUCAUGAGAUAAUCAAGUUUAACCCAAAGUCAUUGGAUUAUUUAUAUGAAGUCCAUAAUGUUCGCGUACCUCAGGGACAUUUAAGAGUUGGAGGUGCAAAUAUAUUCCAAAAGGGUGCAACAGACACAGUGUAUCCCCCUGCUUCUGUUUUUGUAUAUUUUUGCUACUUGGUUUUUCUUGAUCAUAGCGAUUUUGUGCUUGGUCUGUGUUGUCUUAAGAUGCAGUAUCCUGUACUAGCUUAUAAUAUUCCCAUACCAAAGUCAUGGGGAAACCAACAUUAUUUUGUUUUUGGUUUAUUUAUACUAUAUUCUGCAUACAGUACUUUAAAUGCCAAUUACAGUGCAAUCUUUAUUUAUUGUAAAAUUUUUUAAAUGUACUUAUGUACUAAUUUCCCCUUGUAGCAUGUUAUUUUGUGUUUUAUACUUUUGUAAUUUUUAGGUCAGUCCUGUUCCUUGGCAACAUCUGUAGUAUUAUUAUCAAUCUUCUGACAUUUUCUUGUGUUUUUAAAGAGAAGAGCAUCUAGUGCAUUAAAUGCCAAAAAAAAAAAAAAAUCCAUUAUCAGUGAUUGAAACGUUUACAUGUACCCAAAAAACCAUAAUCAUCUCUUGAAAGAAAGUGCUGAGAUCAAUGAAUUACUCUGUGUGCCUAUAUUGAUGUAGUAAGUACUAGAGAGUUUUGUAUUUUGUUAUUGACUGUAAUAAUUAGUUUAAUUAGCCUUGCAAAGUGAUGGCAUCAAGGUAAAUAUAUUUUUGCCAAAGUUCUGGCCUUCCAAAACUCAGCCCUCUGCUUAAGUAUGUAUUAUGACCCACUCUACCGUGGCAUCUGCGUUUCCGGAGACCAUUGCUUAAAACACACCUUCUCCCCCCAAAACACCUGCAUGAAAUGAAGAGCUAAGGUGUACAAAAACCCUGUUUGCCAGGUCGGGGGGAGGUCCCUUCUUGGAAACACUUCAGAACUGCUGCUAUCAAGAAAUUCUCUGAAUUGGUUGAAAUGUUUUAAAUGAAAGAAUACUUAAGGCCAAGACUGCUACGAGUACUUUAUCUUUUUUGAGAUUGUCAUCCUGUUGAACCACCAGAAAGCUGAAGUGGGUGAAAUACCAGCUGGCAGCACUUUAUUUUAUUGUUCUUUGUGAUUUGGUGUCCAUUAUAACCCCGUCAGUCAAAAAAUUAUUACUCCAUCUGGCUCUGUUUUCUAUCACAAAUACGUAUUUGUGACAUCAAUAUAUAACUAUAUGUGUAUUGCCCUUACACACGAACAAUAAAAUAAAGUGUUCUAUCGACCUUAUUUCUCUUGCCCUUUUGCAAUAGGUAGGAAUGAGUGAGUGGCCGAUUCCCGAUGCUCUGUAUGUCAGAUUCCUCCCUGGCACAAGAAAUUCCAGUCAUGUAAUGCAAACUGCCCUUUGUCCUCAAAGAAACUGUUGAAAGAGAAAACUUUUUUAAAAGAUUUUUUUCAUAUUAUCUGCCUUGUUCUUAUCAACUUGAAAUUGUUGGCAUUUUCUAACUGUGUUUUGUUGGCUACGGUAAAUCAGUAUUCCUGUCAAAAUUGAAAAGUGCCCUAAUUGAAUGUGUUUGAAUGUUAUCCUUGCACAGUUCUUUAAAUUGAAAGACAAAAUGUUUUACCUCACUGUUGGACAUACAUUCCAAGGUUUUCAACUCUAGGAGAAAAAAAAAAUAAUCAUGUUUUCCUGUAUUGUAAAUUUUAGACUAUUUCAUACACAUUGUAUUAAAACUGCCAUAUCAAUUUUAAUGUAUAGAUUUUGCAAAUACUAUGCUAUAUGUAAUACCUAACUGUAUCUGUAGUGUAUAUGUAAUAUAUUUAUGCCCAAUAAAUGUUUUAAUUCUUUCUGA